AUGUGCUGCCCUCCGGAGCGGGUGAAAAGACAGGUACCAUGCUGUCUGACGGUGCCAUCUACAGCAGUAUAGACUUCACAGGCAAGGCGGGCUACAGCAGCCCAGCACGUGGCAGCCAGGCCACCCCCUACGCCACCACUCAGAUCCUGCAGUCCAACAGCUUCCAUGAGCUGGCUGUGGACAGACCAGACCCUCGCUGGAAGGCUUCCCUUCGAGCCCAGCAGGAGAUGGCCAACCUGGGCUACUCAUUGACCGACGGACGCCCCUGCAACAGUACGCCACUGCGUGUGUGCUCUAAAGGAGCGUGCCCUAAAGCAUAGCAUCAGAUCUCCCUAGAUUGUAGCAUCGGCUGGAUGGUCAGUCACCGAGUGAAACUUAGCAUUCAUUAGAUGGCUUUUUGGAAUAACAAUAGGAGUAGUAGAGGGGGAGGAAAAGAGAGAUAAAGAAAGAAAGAAUGUUAGAGUCUGGAAUCAAUAGAAGAAGAGAUUAUUUUCAGUAGAUUGUUUGGAAAAGAGAGCAGAAUGUUGAGUUGACACUGUUAUCCAGAGCAAUUAGGGUUAAGUGCCUUGCUCAAGGGCACAUCGACAGAUUUCUCACCUAGUUGGCUCGGGGAUUCGAACCAGCAACAUUUCGGUUACUGUCCCAAAGCUCUUAACCACUUGGCUACCUGCCGCCUUCAAUAGAGAGAGCAGACAGGGAAAGAGAGAGAGCACACAAAAAAACAAGUUAAAGAGCGCGAGAGAGGGGGGCAGCAGAGAGAGGGGAAUGUUAUAUUUACAUUUUCAUUGAAAAUGGACCCUGAGGAUAUUGUUGUUAAUCGCUCCUCUCUCUUCAUGUCGAUUUCUACUCCUCAGCCUCAGGAGUUUUUCUACCCUAGAAAUGUCAGAGAAUUAAGGCGCAUUUCUUUGGAUUCAUUUGAUUAGCAGAGGCAGGGAUUCCUUUGUGUUUUGACCCGUGGAUAUACAGUGGGGGAAAAAAGUAUUUAGUCAGCCACCAAUUGUGCAAGUUCUCCCACUUAAAAAGAGAGGCCUGUAAUUUUCAUCAUAGGUACACGUCAACUAUGACAGACAAUGAGAAAAAAAAAUCCUGAAAAUCACAUUGUAGGAUUUUUUAUGAAUUUAUUUGCAAAUUAUGGUGGGAAAUAAGUAUUUGGUCAAUAACAAAAGAUUCUCAAUACUUUGUUAUAUACCCUUUGUUGGCAAUGACACAGGUCAAACGUUUUCUGUAAGUCUUCACAAGGUUUUCACACACUGUUGCUGGUAUUUUGGCCCAUUCCUCCAUGCAGAUCUCCUCUAGAGAGCAGUGAUGUUUUGGGGCUGUCGCUUGGCAACACCCUCCAAAGAUUUUCUAUGGGGUUGAGAUCUGGAGACUGGCUAGGCCACUCCAGGACCUUGAAAUGCUUCUUACGAAGCCACUCCUUCAUUGCCCGGGCGGUGUGUUUGGGAUCAUUGUCAUGCUGAAAGACCCAGCCACAUUUCAUCUUCAAUGCCCUUGCUGAUGGAAGGAGGUUUUCACUCAAAAUCUCACGAUACAUGGCCCCAUUCAUUCUUUCCUUUACACGGAUCAGUCGUCCUGGUCCCUUUGCAGAAAAACAGCCCCAAAGCAUGAUGUUUCCACCCCCAUGCUUCACAGUAGGUAUGGUGUUCUUUGGAUGCAACUCAGCAUUCUUUGUCCUCCAAACACGACGAGUUGAGUUUUUACUAAAAAGUUGUAUUUUGGUUUCAUCUGACCAUAUGACAUUCUCCCAAUCCUCUUCUGGAUCCUCCAAAUGCACUCUAGCAAACUUCAGACGGGCCUGGACAUGUACUGGCUUAAGCAGGGGGACACGUCUGGCACUGCAGGAUUUGAGUCCCUGGCGGCGUAGUGUGUUACUGAUGGUAGGCUUUGUUACUUUGGUCCCAGCUCUCUGCAGGUCAUUCACUAGGCCCCCCCUUGUGGUUCUGGGAUUUUUGCUCACCGUUCUUGUGAUCAUUUUGACCCCACGGGGUGAGAUCUUGCGUGGAGCCCCAGAUCGAGGGAGAUUAUCAGUGGUCUUGUAUGUCUUCCAUUUCCUAAUAAUGGCUCCCACAGUUGAUUUCUUCAAACCAAGCUGCUUACCUAUUGCAGAUUCAGUCUUCCCAGCCUGGUGCAGGUCUACAAUUUUGUUUCUGGUGUCCUUUGACAGCUCUUUGGUCUUGGCCAUAGUGGAGUUUGGAGUGUGACUGUUUGAGGUUGUGGACAGGUGUCUUUUAUACUGAUAACAAGUUCAAACAGGUGCCAUUAAUACAGGUAACGAGUGGAGGACAGAGGAGCCUCUUAAAGAAGAAGUUACAGGUCUGUGAGAGCCAGAAAUCUUGCUUGUUUGUAGGUGACCAAAUACUUAUUUUCCACCAUAAUUUGCAAAUAAAUUCAUAAAAAAUCCUGCAAUGUGAUUUUCUGGAAUUUUUUUUCCUCAAUUUGUCUGUCAUAGUUGACGUGUACCUAUGAUGAAAAUUACAGGCCUCUCUAAUCUUUUUAAGUGGGAGAACUUGCACAAUUGGUGGCUGACUAAAUACUUUUUUUCCCCACUGUACAAUUAGCUUGGCUGUGCGGAGCGGAGGCGUAUUGUUGAGAGAGUCUCAGGCUGUCUGUAUGUUGGUCGGCCGGCUGGCCAUUCUCAUGUGUGCUCUGGGCUGUAUGCUCAUCUGAAUGCUGGUUACCUGAGAGAGAUAAGGAACAGAGAGGAAGAGGAAGAGAGGGAACAGACGGAGGGAGGGAGGAAGCCAGCCUGCAGCCCCGGGCCCCAGGUCUCUACGCCUCUUUAAGAAAUGUCAACAUAGAGGAAAAGUCCUAGUGCUCCGUCAGCACACUGAGAGGAAAGAAAUAAUGAGAGCCAGGUGGGGGAGAAAGAGAGGGAGAAAGCCCAGGUGAUGAUAAAAUAGCUUUCCAAUCAGCAGUGUGUGUGUGUGUGUGUGUGUGUGUGUGUGUGUGUGUGUGUGUGUGUGUGUGUGUGUGUGUGUGUGUGUGUGUGUGUGUGUGUGUUUGAACCCAAUGGGGAAUAGUAUCAGCUCAUUAAAACCCACAGCUUGCGGGCUGAAGGGAUAUCUCCGUAUUGUGAGGCAGAGACUAGGCUGAUAAGAUAAACUAUCAAUCUCUGACUUCCCUUCCCUCUCUAUCUGUCUUUCUGUCUCUCUCCCCUCCUCAGGUGGAAAGGGCGGCAAGAAAAAGAAGUCGAAAUGUGGGACAAAGACCUCCAAAUCCAAUGGGUCCUGUUGGGUCAACAUGCCCCUGCCUCCCCCACCCAUGCACCCUCUGCCAGGCACCGAGGUAGACCACUACCCCCCAGAGAACCAUGGAGGAGGGUAAGAUAAUAUUCUCUCUGUCUGGCCACAGGUCUAUACCUACAUACAUAAUAUCAUGAUGCUACACAGGAAGUGAAAUAAUAACAAGGAACACAUGCAGCCUCUCUUGUCUAUAAGGGAUCUGAGGUCUGUCAGUGAACGACUGAGAGGAAAGCAAACCCUCUCCUAAUUAGCUGUAACCAGCGUGGCUCUCUCUUUCCUGGAACUCUCCUAUAUCUCUAGAUGUGUGUGUGUGUAUGUAUGUGUGUGUGUGUGUGCACAUGCAUCGUGUGUCUGUGUACACAAGGAGAGCGCUAAGCACAGACGAGCAGCAGGCUGUUACGUGGAGUAGUAAGCUCCCACUGCCGGUGCAUGUACUAGACAUACUGAGGAAACCUUCAUUACUCUGCAUGAAAAAGACACUGUGUUACAAACAGCAGCAAAUAUGUGUAAUUCCCACUCUCCCUCUGCUGAGAGAUAGAACAUCAGAUAACAAUGUUUUUAAUGGUCCGGCAAAAUACAAACCAGUAGAAAAACAAUUGUACUUGUCUGUUAGCAAAGCAUACAACACUGAGAGCAGGUCACUGUGCACUAGCAGUAAAACACUUACUUAGAAUUCUAAGCACCUUAGACACACACAUCCACAGAGAAGUACAGUAUAAGGUUUUAGUCCGAAUUACACACAUUGUCGUCCAUAUUGCAGGUAUGACAGCAACAGCUGGGCCCCGCCCCUUCCUGUUCAGACGUACCUCCACCAGGGAUUGGACGGCGAUCUGGAGGAGGAGCGAGUGCCCACCCCGCCCCUCAGGGGAGUGGCCUCCUCCCCGGCAGCAGCUCCCUACAGCCAACCGUUAUCCUCCUCCCUUAGCUCCACCCACCACGAGGAGAUGCAGUCCAUGCUGCAGGCCCACCUGGAUGAGCUGACCAGAGCCUACCAGUACCAAGUGGCCAAACAAACAUGGUGAGCAGGAGAGAACUUACUGUUGGAUCUGUGAAUGUCUUUCUUUCUUUUUUUGAAUUAUACCUCUUUACUUUCUAUGUAGUCUCUUCUCAAGUCUGAGUCUGGCGAGAGACACUACUUUCUAUGUAUCCGUAGAUCAUGAUAUGAUACAACAAUUGUGCUUGCUACAUGUUUUGAGUGUUAUGUAUCCACUUUCCACUGUGCAAUGAAGAUAAGUACUGUACUUUGUGUUAUUUUGAAUUGCCACAGGUACUUGUUAGAUUAAAUUGCCUAUGAUAUUUCAAUCAUGAGAUAUUCACCUGGUAAUUUCUGCUUUGUGCUGUGGAUGAAUGAGCUGUCAUUCUCUCCAAUUGAUCUGGAUCCUUUUGCAUAUCAAUAGCCAGUGUUUUCGAGUGUAUGUCAUCCUAUCCCCUGGUUUCAUGUUUCUUGCAAAAUAUAAAAACAGCCCUUCAUUGAUUACACCUCAUUGGGAAACUUGUCAUGUCAGUAGGAAAACGUGUUGAGGGGGUAAUGAUGGGGUUUGGCCUAGCGCGCUUCUCUGACAACAAGAAGAAGAGCUGCUAAUUACAUGGGUGUCUCAUCCGUAGUGGGGCGAGGCGUGGGGCAAGGAUUCAGAGGGGACAGCUGUGGGGGAGAUAACAGACAUGUUACUGAUAGCCAUGCCCAGCCUGCCAUUCUUCUCCCUUCACCCAGACAAUUACCAGUUCAUUGUGUAAGUGUGAGCACGAGUGCCGCGGAAUUAGCCGACGCAUUCGCAGCGCGGCGCACAUGGAAAAUAAUUAAUUCAAUCUCCCACACACAGACUCGCCCAUGCUGAACGGGGCCCUAGUACUGCACUCUGGUAUUUGGUUGUUCAUGGACUUGUGUUUUGUCCUUUACUUCCUGUCUGUUAGUGUCUUUAUCUACCGCUCUGUGUCUAGCCUCAGCGCCAUAACAUGUUCCCUCAUGUUCUAUACAGGCAUAUGAAUGGCAGCCAACACCCGCCCAAGGCCCCUGUCCCUCCAAUGGGGUACGUGUCUAGCACGCUGGGGUCUGACCUGGGGACCAACAUCCCGUGUGAGGAAGAGGAGGAGGAUGAAGCCUACGGAGUGUCACAUCAGCUCUGUGGCUUUGACUACACGGCCGGAUGCAGCAUGGACAACCUGGAGGGCUCAGGUGAGACACACACACACUCACACACAAACACACACACACACACAUGCACACAAACACACACACACAAAUACAUACCCAUAAGCACACAAUCAGAUCAUGCCCUUCAUCUUUUCACAGUGCGGUCAGGUGCACACGUCUUUACAUCGAGCAGGAUGACAAAGAUUUGGGAGCAGUGAGAAAAAUUGGCAAUAGCAAUAUGGUUUUAUUCAGUCACCACUUAUGGAGACUAAAUGCCUUGCACAUUAUGCAGUUUCGACUGACAGCUUUUUGAUUUCCAAUUUUCUCAACCGUACUGUGUCAUACUCAGACCCAAUUGUCUGAUUGUUUCAUACUGUGAUAUUCAGACUCAUUAAUUUUAACAAGGAAUUGAAUGAAAGGGAAAUAAAGAAAAUAUUCUGUGCAAUCUGGUGUGGACACAUGAGUGAAAUCCAUCUCCAUUAAAGAAAGAAACAUUAAACUAGCUAGUUAUUUGAUUUCAGAUGGAUCCAAUAAUUUCUCUACGAUAUCUAAUUUAGGCUUUUUGUUUCAAUUACUCGAUGCCAUUUCAAGUUUAUGACCAUGUUGUCUAAACACUUAAUCUUUUAGCCUCUCUAAUGUUCUGAAUGAAAGCUAAUGACUCGGAAGAGUGUCUGACAUCAAAAGCUAUGAGGAGAGUGAGAGCACAAGGUGUGGGGACUUCAGAUCCAGAGGUCAAGAGUGUGAUGUGUUUUUGUAGACCCCUAGUCUGAGUUGUGGGGGAGACCACGGUUCAGUCCUAGUCAGUUUUCUUGGAGAUGAUGGAACAUAAGGUGUGCUGGCUGAGACACAGGAGACAGUGCUGAUAUACUGUGGUGUGUCUGUGAUAAAGUAGGUGAUGUGCAUUAAUCUGCUGUGUUGCCUCUAUGGGGAGAAGGCUACGCUAGAUCAGCUUAUCUCUACAAUGGUCUCUCCGCUGUCUCCUUUCCCGCAGAGACCAGGCCAACACACACACAGAGAAAAAAGGCAAAUGCAUUUAGGAUGGGAGCGGAAUUAUAACCACAAUGUGUCUUUUUCCUUGAAUUGUCAAGAUGUGAAAGUUUACCCAUACUACCCACACAAACAGUCUUAUCUAGGAAGGUUUAUUGCACUGAUCUUUACCCCCUCUCCUCUCUUCCUCUCCUCAGUUAAUUUGAUUUACAACAGUUAUUUUUUCAUACUUGUGUUAAUUUUAGCACUUUCACUGAAUCAUUUCUAACAUAGCUUUUGCACUGCUAAACUCUAUGAUAAUAAGUAAUUGCUUGCAAAUCUAAACUGAUUAACUAUGUUGUGCAUCUCUCUAAUUCUCUGUCCCUGUGUCCCCUCUCCAUCGCCCCCUGUAGGUAAAGGCUACUCCCAGCGGGGUCGACCAGGCAGCUCAGGCUCCACAGAGAGCAGUGCUCUGGGCACACAGAGCCUCGGUCACCAGAGGGCCACACACACUGGACGCAAACCUCGGGCAGAAACUGUUGGGACACUGCCCCGCCGGAGAGACUCCCCCACAGAAGGUAAGACAUGGGGUGGGGGGGGGGAGAGGACAGAGAGAGAGAUGGGGAGGGUGGAUGGGAUCUCCUUUGUUGAAUGUGGUUUAUAACGAGCUACAUUGAGUGUACAAAACAUUAAGAAAACCUUCCUUAUAUUGAGUUGCACAACCCCCUUUUGCCCUCAGAACAACCUCAAUUCGUCGGGGCAUGGACUCUACAAGGUGUCGAGAGCGUUCAAAAGGGUUGCUGGCUCAUGUUGACUCCAAUGCUUCCCACAGUUGUGUCAAGUUGGCUGGAUGUCCUUUGGGUGGUGGAACAUUCUUCAUACACACAGGAAACUGUUGAGUGUGAAAAACCCAGCAGCGUUGCAGUUCUUGACACAAACUGGUGUGCCUGGCACCUACUACCAUACCCUGUUCAAAGGCACUUAAACAUUUUGUCUUGCCCAUUCACCCUCUGAAUGGCACACAAUACACAAUCCAUGUCUCAAUUGUCUCAAGGCUUAAAAAUCCUUCUUUAACAUAUCUCCUCCCCUUCAUCUACAUUGAUUGAAGUGUAUUUAAUAUGUGACAUCAAUAAGGGAUCAUAGCUUUCACCUGGAUUGACCUGGUCAGUCCAUGUUCUGGAAUGUUUUGUCCACUCAGUGUAUAUGUCCAUGCUGAUCCCUGUGACAUUUUCCACCGAUUACAAAGGCUGCUGUGUAUAACCCACCUUGGGGGCAGUAUUAACCUGAGCCUCAUGUCCUACUCUCCCUCCUCAGUGGCCUCUCCUGCCCCUGAGCCUGUCCACAGUGUGGGGGCAAGGCUGCAUGGGUCAUGGGCGGCUGGGGGCUCGGACCCCCCAGAGGAGUGUAUGGUCUCAACGCUGGAGCGGCAGCAUAUGGCCUCCUGGAGCGGCAGAUCCUCCAACAUGGGCACCCUGGGCAGGGCACGCCACAGGGCUGUGGCUGGCACAGACCACCCACACAACGGCCACCCGCCUCCCAACAGCAUCGAGCAUAGCUAUGGGGAACGAUGUACGUAUUCAGGCUCUCCGUAGUCACACAAUGGUAUUGUUUCCGGUUGGUGUAAAGCAAUUUACUGUUGGUUAUAUGUGAUAUCAUCACAUGAGAUUCACACUUUUGUCUGUCUGUGUGUCUUCAUCUCUCAGAGUCUUUGUGAUGAGUCGGACCCUCCAGUGCUGCCUGUCCCAGGACACCUUGUCUACAAGCGCAAUGAGAUUUGCUCUCUGCGAAUGCUACAGGAUGGAGGAUGAAGAGAUGGCUGGAAGACAAAAGAGAGAGAAAGAUGGAGCGAGAGAGAAACGCAGAGCUGUAAAUGCGAUGUACAGACACACAGACACACAGUGUUACUUUCAUCCCUCCUUCCAAAAGAAUAUACUGUAUAUCACAUGCCCCUCCUGUUUCAUGUCACAUGAUGUACAGUAACUCACUCUACAUCAAUGAAGAAGAAAAAUCCCUACAGUUAAGCUAUUGACUCAUGAAAGUGAAAGGACUUGCAUUUCUUGUAAAUAGGUAUUUUUUGUUUUUCUAUUUUUGUUUGCUUUGCUAUGCAAGCCAAAAUCUGACAUUGAAGUUGUCUCGUUUGUUUGUAAUAUUACAUUGUGAAUUGAUGGACUGUGAUGCCACAUUUGUUUUUCAUAAAUGCUCGAAAUAUUUGCUUAAUUUUGAUGAAACUACUGUAUUGUUGUUUACUUUGCACAGAGCGUUUUGUGAUGAUAAGCACAAAGUCAUCAGCUGAUACUCAGAGAAGAAUGAUGAAAGGAGUGUCUAUAAUAGAACUUACAUUUAAAAAAUAGAAUAUAUGACA